AGCACGAUUCGGAGAAGCUAAACCCGCCUAAAUAUCUAGAUUUUAGUCUUUUUUAUUAAAAAAAAGACUCGAACCAGUGUUACACUAAUUUCAACCCACGUCAAAAAGACAAAAGCCAUGGCGCUUGACAUUAAGCAAGAUCUGGUCGCUCGUCUCUCUAUAUCCUCAGCUGUAAUCAUCGCUGGCGAUGAGGGCUGGGAAUCGGCCAUUGGACGGUGGACGAGGUACCGAACUGAGGUUCCUGCUGCAGUCGUCCAGCCGAUUACGGAGGAAGAUGUGAUCUUGACGAUUUCAUAUUUGGUGUACAAAGACCUGCCUUUUAAGGUCCGAGGAGGAGGCCAUAGUAAUGGGUUCUCAACUAUAGCAAGUCCUGGAGUAGUACUUGACCUUUCGCGGAUGCGAAAAGUCACUGUCGAUGUCGAACGGCAAGUUGUUGUUGCUCAAGGAGGAGCCACUAUGGGCGAUGGCAUAAACGCAGCGGCAUCAGUUGGCUUCGCCGUGGCGACCGGAACCUGUAACGAAGUUGGGUUGGUCGGUGCUACGCUUGGGGGAGGCAUUGGGAGAUUCCUUGGUCUCUUGGGAUAUAGCACGGACACAGUUAUCUCCAUGCGUAUUGCGGUGGUGGACGAGACCGGAAAGGCUAGUAUAGUUGAGGCAUCCGCAAAGACAGAAAAGGAUCUCUUUUGGGGUCUUCGUGGCUAUGGCCACUUGUUUGCAGUAGUCGUUGAGGCCACGUUUAAAGCCAUUCCAUGGGAACACCUCACUUGGCAUACUACGCUUGUCUUCGAUCCCAGUCAGAUCGGAUUAAUUUCAGAGGAACUGGACAAGGUGCAUUGUCACGGCGGUAUGCAGGGUCGACUGGUAUUUUGCGCCCCACCUCCAGAUGGGAAGCCUCUAGUUCUCCUUCAGCUGUGGUACAUUGGGCCGCCUGAGGAGGCUGCUGGAAAAUUCUCUACUUUACUGGAUCUUCCCUCGAAAGCAGAUCAUCCUCUAAACUUUAUCGGACAUCUGAUUCCGUACAAGAGUUUGAAUGACUCGAGUAAGCGCAUUUGCGCUUAUGCUGGUCGCAAAAACCUUUCAGCAUUUGGCAUGAAGGCGUUGUCAGCGGAAUCCGGCACCGUCGCCCUCAAGGUGUUCACUGACUUUAUCGCUAAGCAUCCUGAAGCGGCGCAGACGCACAUACUGAUUGAAUUUUACAGCAUGGAUGUUGCUAGUGAGUUAGAUAAGGACGGUACAGAAACGUCCUUGUCCAGUGAAUUUAGGAGAGACGUGAAGUAUUGGGUCAUGCCUCUGGCUUGGUAUAGUGACCCUGCACUGGAUGAUGAUUGUGCAACCCUGAAUAAAGAUAUUCGAGAAGCCUUCUUGACUACAUCUGCUGGAAACCAAAUACCCAGCGUCAGCUAUGUGAACAUGCCUUUUGAAGAUGCCACGGCCAGUCAAAUCGUUGGCAGCAAAGAACGACUGGAGAAACUCCAGGCGUUGAAGGCGAAAUGGGAUCCGCUCGGGGUGAUUAAGGGAGUUAUACCCCUUUCUUGAUAAAAUUGUUGAAAGAGUACAAUGUCAAUAGCACUUCAAUUGAUAUACAUACUAGUUGAC